UCUCUCUAAAAAAAUUUCAUUUUCAAUUUUAUUUAGUUUAUUCACCUACUUCACUUUCUCUCUCUAAAACCUCUCUCACAAGCAAAACAACGCUAUUUCUUUGUUUCACUGUUCCUUGUUAAAAAAAUUGCUGAAUCUGAACCAUACCCAUUUUCCAUCUCCUUGAUCUGCAUCUUUUUCAUACUCAUACACUUCAGAUUCUUUUGUUUUGUAGCUAUGAAGGUAACAAUGUGAGGUAAAGUUUUCACCUUUUUGCAAUGGUGGCUGCCAUUUCUGAAAACCCAUUAACCUCUUCAAGGUCCGACAUCAACAACAACAACAAUAACAAUAACAAUGGUGUCUUACCCAGAAGAAAAGGUAGACAAAUUUCUUCUAGGUACAUGUCUCCUUCACCUUCUUCUUCUUCUUCUUCUUCAACAACUACUACAACUACAACUACAACAUCAACAACAACAACAGUGUCUUCUUCUUCUUCUUCUUCAUCUUCUUCAAGAAGAUUUGCUUCACCACUUUUGUCACGUUCAACGAAUUCAUCAUCUUCAACACCAGUUGCUGUACCUAAACGUUCUCAAUCUGUGGACCGUAGGAGACCUACUAGACCAACAACCCCAGUUCCUGAAGCAACUAAGCUUCUAGUAACUUCCACUAGGAGUUUGUCUGUUUCUUUUCAAGGUGAGGCCUUUUCACUUCCUAUUAGUAAGAGUAAAGCGAAAGCCGUCACGCCGGAGCGACGGAGGGUUACUCCUUCUGUUUCUGGAAAAGGAGAUCAGGGUGAGAAUUCUCGACCCUCGGAUCAGCAUAGAUGGCCAGCACGUUCGAGACAGACAAACACGAACACAAACAAUCACUUGUCAAGGAGUGUGGAUUAUGGUGGUGUUGGUGUUGGUGAGAAGAAAGUUGUACGUGCAUUGCAACAAUCAAUGGUUAUUGAGAGUGGUAGAAGAAGAGAUUCUUUUGAUGGGUUAGGUGGUUUGAGUUUGGAUUUAGGGAAAACUACUCAAUUGAAUGAACAUUCUUUGAAUUAUGAUGUUAAUGCUUCUGAUACUGAUAGUGUUUCAUCUGGCAGUAAUUCAGGAGGAGGACAUGAUUCUUCUCUUGGUGCUCUUAAGGUUCCGAGGGAAAAUCGUGGUAUUGUUGUUUCUUCCAAGUUUUGGCAGGAAACUAAUAGCCGGUUGCGUCGGUUACAAGAUCCUGGUUCACCUUUGUCAACUAGUCCUGCUUCAAGGAUCAGUGUUCCAUCUAAGAAUUCUCAAUUGAAAAGGUAUAACAGUGAUGGACCUAUGAUGUCGCCGAGAACAAUGGCUUCUCCUAUAAGGGGAAAUGCGCGGCCUGCUUCGCCUAGUAAACUUUGGGCAUCGGCUGCGUCUUCUCCAUCCAGAGGGUUUUCUAGUCCUUCUAAGGUGAGAAGUGCGGUUGCUAGCACCAUCAAUAGUAAUUCUGGUAGUUCACCUUCGAUUCUUAGCUUCUCUGCUGAUGUGAGGAGAGGGAAGAUAGGGGAAGAUCGGAUAUUUGAUGCGCAUACCUUGAGGCUUCUUUAUAAUCGGUAUGUGCAGUGGCGGUUCGUUAAUGCUAGGGCUGAUGCUGCCUUUAUGGUGCAGAAAUUGAAUGCAGAGACACAUUUGUGGAACGCAUGGGUAACAAUCUCAGAGCUUCGACAUUCAGUCAUACUUAAAAGAAUCAAGCUGGUAUUGCUGAGGCAAAAGUUGAAGCUCACUUCCAUUCUAAAGGGACAGAUUUCGUAUUUGGAAGAAUGGGCCCUUUUAGAUAGAGAUCACUCCAGUUCUGUACUUGGAGCAACUGAAGCUUUGAGGGCCAGUACUCUCCGUCUUCCGCUUGUUGAAAAAGCAACAGCCGAUGUGCCAAAUUUGAAGGAUGCUUUGGGGUCCGCAGUUGAUGUGAUGCAAGCAAUGGCAUCCUCAAUAUAUUCUCUUUCGUCAAAGCAGGUGGAAGAAACUAACUGCUUGGUAGCGGAGAUCCUAAAGGUAACAUCAAAGGAAAGGUUUUUGCUUCAACAAUGCAAGGAUUUUUUGUCUUCCUUAGCAGCCAUGCAGGUCAAGGAUUGUAGCCUAAGAACGCAUAUGUUACAACUUUCUCGUGCACCAGCUUCUUAACAACAAACACGUGUGUAGAAUUGAUUUUAUUUGACCUGACAGCUCUCACUCCUAAUGCUAACACACUACUCUCCCAAGCCUUUUAUUUAACACAAAAGAAGGUAAUAAGAAUGGAAUGAAAUGGAGAGUCAAUAGCUGGUUUCUGUUUGCUGGUUUCUGAAACCUAGUGCGGUCUUGAAUGUCUUGUGUGUAGUGUAUCCCAUGUGUCUGAAUAUUACAGUUUACAAAAGGAAAAAAACAGCUUUUCUCUCUCACUAGAUAGUUAGAUUAAUUAAGAUGUAUACAAUUACCUUGUCAUUUGAGGAAAAGCUGAGUGUCUGUCUGUGUAUAUAUCAAUAUGUAAUCAACUAAUUAUUGUUUAGUAGGUAGUUUGUUGCCUAGAUCUUCAUUUGAAUCAAUGGAGUAUUAUGCUCUAUUAGUUUUAAA